AUGUAUCAAAUGGGAAGUAACAACAUUUUAAAAAACAAUAAAUUUGUGAAUGCAAAAGGUAGCUAUGUCGUUAGUGUAGGGAGCACCCACAACUGGCUCUUCAAAGUAAAGCACCUAUUUCUUCCCGAGAUAACCAUCAAUUAUUUAACGAACAGGUUUCCCUUCAUUGUAAAUUACCUCAUCGUGAAGUCUAAUUUUAAGUCUAUACAGCAUUAUGCGAAAUACAUAGAGAGUCAUGCCUGCGUUGAGGGAGAUGAUCCUCUUCACGGCAAACAUGGCAGUGGAAGACACGAUCGAGAUGGCAGGGGGGCCAGCAGUGGCCAUCCAUAUGGCGGCAAACUCUUCCUUUCCCUUAGCUCGACUGACAAUACGACUGCAAAUGUGGCUACAAAUACCAUUAGACAUUUUAGGGAUGACCCGCACGAGCAACACUCGCACACGUUAAAUAGUGUACAGUCGAUGAAUAGCCGUCUAAACAUAACUCGCGUGAAGGAGGGGAAGAGCAGAGUGACUACUCCCCACGCGCACAAGUCAAGGAGGAGUGGGAAAAAGAGCGAAGGGGGCCUGACACAGAAUGGGUUCAGCGAGUUCGAUGCGUACAGGGCAGGUUCCGCCUGCGGUGUUCGAACCCCCUGCGAUGAUCGACGCGUUCACGGAGAUGAUUACACGAGGAGGACGGGAGGACCCAAUGCGCUCCCCUCCAAAGAUGCGAAGAAAAUCUUCUACGCCAAUUCGGAAUCCAUCUUUGAAGAUAAUAAUGGCGAUAAAUUCUCUAAGGAUAAGAGUGACCACCUACAAAAUAAGCAGCCCCAUACGUCCAGGCCAGAGUGGAAGGAGAAAACUCAAAGGUACUACAAAAUUAAGGCAACGAAUAAUUUGUUCAGGGAUGAAUUGGUAGAUGAUACGGAGAAGGUCGAUUGUAUUGAGAGGAACUUUUUGAAUAAAGUGGGGGGGGCGGGAGAUUAUUCCCCACGUUAUGAUUGUUUUGUUGACAUGGAUCAUUCGGGCAAGGCGAAAGCGUGUGUGCAGCGUGAGUGUCCAAACAGCGCGGUGAGCUUAACAAACGCGACCUGCGCGGCCACCUCCAGAAAAGCGGCCAACUCGAUCAAAACGAUGAGCUCUAUGAACACUCUAAACACGCUGAACACGAUAAACUCGAUGAACAGCGGAAACUCCGAAAAAAAAUUACACACAAAGUCAUCCGUAAAUAGCAUGAAGUCAGUGACGCCCAAGAGGCUAGACUACUACGCCAAUUCGAAUUUCGAGAGUCAGUCUACCACCAUAAAUACAUCCUUCAGUACGGAACAGUACAAAGAUUCGUUUAGUAAAUUAAGAACAGGGGAACGUUUAGAGCAAGCACCACGAAAUGAUCCUUCAGAUGAUCCAACACUUAGGAGUGACGCCAAUCCCGUCAGACAAAAACUUUCAUCACCGACUCCUGACGUAACGGACACUGCAGAGGAUGGAGCGCCAACUGAGGAAAAGAAUCCAAGUUUCACCGCCCCUGAAGCGGAAUCGGAUUGUACUAAACAGACUAAGGGUAAUGCCUCCGAUAGGAGUAAGCGAAGGCUCAACAAAAUUAAGAUUAUCGGUUUGCGGUUUUUUAACAAGACGACUUCCAAAAUGUAG